AUGCUGGCCAGGUUCGUCCAGGGUGCAAAACUUUUUCCAAUGCCGCCAAACUGCCCGGUACUACAGUGGGACUAUGACACGCGCAUGGUCGGGACAACGCUGGAGUUCCGUGCGGUUUGCUCUUUUCUUCUGGAUGGCGUGGCGCACCACACUGUGGGAAUUUGGCGACCAUCAAAGAAGCUUGCGCAGCGUGAUGCCGCAGAGAGGACACUUGGCCUCUUCGUGAGCCGGUGGGCUUCGCUCAUCACGCUGGAUGAGCUUGCAGGAACCCGAGACCACGAACCAUUACCAGAAGCUCGAACAGAGGUGGAGCUUUUGGAAAAGUUUUGCCAGAGGCUUUGCUGGGACAAUCCGGCUUCAGUUGGCUGGAGUCAUCGGUGGGAAGACGGACUUUGUCAAGCUUUUGCUGAAGUACGUUUGUUGGAUGUGCCGCAUACGUUUCCCAGCAAGAGACACUCCACACAGGAGGAGGCAUACGAAGAUGCUGCCAGACGAGUCUUAUGGUACCUGCAAUGCCCAGGCUACGAGGAGAAGUUUGAGCCCGACACCGGCUAUGUCAAAACUGUUGCCCAGGACAUACCAGAGCCCAGCGCAUGUUGGAACAAAGAUGACAAUCUGCAGGAAGGCCAGCCAGUCAGCCUUAUCUCAUGUCUUGGCCGUGAUGUUUGA